AUGAAGGAUCUAGGUGAAUUGAAGUUCUUCCUAGGCAUUGAGUUUGUAAGGUUCAAGAAAGUGAUUAUGAUGGGCCAAAGGAAGUAUGCACUUGAACUCAUCUCUAAGUCAGGCUUAGGGGGAGCAAGACCAGCAGGAACACCACUUAAAGUGAAUCAGAAGCUAACUUCUGAAGAAUAUGAUAGGUGUUUAAGAGGUGAUGAGGAGCAUGAAGAUAAACUACUCAAAGAUACAGGAGGGUAUCAAAGACUAAUGGGUAGACUUCUGUACCUAACCAUGACAAGACCCGACUUAGCCUUUGUUGCACAAAUGUUGAGUCAAUAUAUGCACUGCCCAAAGGAGUCUCAUAUGGAAGCAGCAUUUAAAGUAGUAAGAUACCUAAAAGAAGUCCCAGGUUUAGGUCUGUUGAUGCCUGCACAGAAUACCAAUAUGCUAAGUGCUUAUUGUGACUCAGACCGAGGAACAUGUCUGCAAACCAGGAGGUUUGUAACAGGCUAUUUGGUGAAGUUUGGAGAUGCACUAAUCUCUUGGAAGUCAAAGAAAUAG